AUGAUCAUGGCAAGGCCGAUCCGAGUAGCCGCUUGCCACGCGGCACCCGUUUUCCUUUCAGCAAAAGCAACCACCCAGAAAGCGUUGUCGUUCAUCAAAACGGCCUCGAAAAACUCAGCAAAUCUUGUCAUAUUCCCCGAAACAUUCAUCCCAGCAUUCCCAGUAUGGAGCGCGCUGCGUGCGCCAAGCCAGAACCACGGUCUGUUCAAAAAGAUGACAGAACAGUCGGUCCUAGCAGAUGGGGAAGAGAUUCAGGCUCUGCAGUCUGCAGCUCAAGAGCACAGCAUCUAUCUGAGUGUUGGAUUUUCUGAGAAGACUCACUACAGCUCAGGAACGCUAUUCAACUCCAACAUGUUGAUUGGUCCAGAUGGUCGGGUUGUCAAUCUUCACCGCAAGCUCAUGCCUACGUUCUUCGAAAAGCUGACCUGGGCCCCCGGGGACGGACACGGUCUGAAAGUCGUCGAAACGCCUUUUGGCAACAUCGGAAUGCUCAUUUGUGGCGAGAAUACAAACCCUCUAGCAAGAUACAGUCUCAUUGCCCAGGCUGAGCAGCUUCACAUCUCAACGUGGCCUGCUACCUGGCCCACACGUGUAGCAGAUCUCGACUCGGCUCAGGAAGCCAAAGAGAAGAACUACGAUAACGUCGCAGCCAAUAGGAUUCGUGCAGCUGCGCAUUGUUUUGAAGCGAAAGCUUUUGGAGUACUUUGUAGUGGGCAUUUGGAUGACGAAGCUAUCGACGCUAUCGCUGCAGGCGUCUCGGAUGCUGAGCACAUCAAAAGCGUACUCAAAACUUCCCAGCGUGGAGCAACUAUGUUUCUGGAUCCUACUGGCGCAGCCAUAUCUGGGUUCACAGUCGAUGGUGCAACCGGAGAGAAGAAAAAGGUAGAUUUUCUGCAAAAAGAAGAGGGCAUCUUGUAUGCAGACCUCAACCUUGCAGAUUGUGUGGAAGGUAAACAGUAUCAUGAUGUCGUUGGUGGAUAUCAAAGACAUGACGUCUUCAAAUUGACCGUCAACAGAGAGAGGCAGGUGCCAAUCAGAUUCCAUGAUCCUCCUCCUUCGGCUAUUGAACGGAACAAUCAUGACGUUUUGUAG